CGGCCGAGGGCCCCUGACUCUGGUCAGCGAGGCGACAUGGACCGGAUGGCCAGCUCCAUGAAGCAGGUGCCCAACCCCCUGCCCAAGGUGCUGAGCCGGCGCGCGGUCGGCGCGGGGGUGGAGGCGGCCGAGCGGGAGAGCUUCGAGCGGACUCAGACUGUCAGCAUCAAUAAGGCCAUUAAUACGCAGGAAGUGGCUGUAAAGGAAAAACACGCCAGAACGUGCAUACUGGGCACCCACCAUGAGAAAGGGGCGCAGACCUUUUGGUCUGUUGUCAACCGCCUGCCUCUCUCCAGCAACGCCGUGCUCUGCUGGAAGUUCUGCCACGUGUUCCACAAACUCCUCCGAGAUGGCCACCCGAAUGUGCUGAAGGACUCUCUGAGAUACAAAACCGAGCUGAGUGACAUGAGCAGGAUGUGGGGUCACCUGAGUGAGGGGUACGGACAGCUUUGCAGUAUCUACCUCAAACUGCUGAGAACGAAGAUGGAAUACCACACCAAAAAUCCCAGGUUCCCAGGCAACCUUCAGAUGAGUGACCGGCAGCUGGACGAAGCUGGAGAAAGUGAUGUUAACAACUUCUUCCAGUUAACAGUGGAGAUGUUUGACUACUUGGAAUGUGAACUUAACCUCUUCCAAACUGUCUUCAACUCCCUGGACAUGUCCCGCUCCGUGUCAGUGACCACAGCUGGGCAGUGCCGCCUCGCCCCGCUGAUCCAGGUCAUCCUGGACUGUAGCCACCUCUAUGAUUACACUGUCAAGCUUCUCUUCAAGCUCCAUUCCUGUCUCCCAGCUGACACCCUGCAAGGACACCGGGACCGCUUCAUGGAGCAAUUCACAAAGCUGAAAGAUCUGUUCUACCGCUCAAGCAACCUACAGUACUUCAAGCGGCUCAUUCAGAUCCCUCAGCUGCCUGAGAACCCACCCAACUUCCUACGGGCCUCUGCCCUGUCAGAACACAUCAGCCCUGUGGUGGUAAUUCCGGCCGAGGCCUCAUCCCCUGACAGCGAGCCGGUCUUGGAGAAAGAUGACCUCAUGGACAUGGAUGCCUCCCAGCAGAAUUUAUUUGACAACAAGUUCGAUGACAUCUUUGGCAGCUCGUUCAGCAGUGAUCCCUUUAAUUUCAACAGUCAGAACGGUGUGAACAAGGAUGAAAAGGAUCACUUAAUUGAUCGGCUGUACCGGGAGGUCAACGGGCUGAAGGUGCAGCUGGAGAACUUGAAGACAGAGAGCCAGCGCACAGCACUGCAGCUGAAGGGCCGCAUCAGCGAGCUGGAGGCCGAGCUGGCCGAGCAGCAGCACCUGCGGCAGCAGGCGGCUGACGACAGCGAGUUCCUCCGGGCCGAGCUGGACGAGCUCAAGAAGCAGCGAGAAGACACAGAGAAGGCCCAGCGGAGCCUGACAGAGAUAGAACGGAAAGCCCAGGCCAACGAGCAGCGGUACAGCAAGCUGAAGGAGAAGUACAGCGAGCUGGUGCAGAACCAUGCUGACCUGCUGCGGAAGAAUGCGGAGGUGACCAAACAGGUGUCUGUGGCCAGACAAGCUCAGGUGGAUCUAGAACGAGAGAGAAAAGAACUGGAGGAUUCCUUUCAGCACCUAAGUGACCAGGCCCAGCGGAAGACUCAGGAGCAAACAGAAAUUCUAGAGAACUUGAAGCAAGAACUUGCCUCCAGCAAACAGGAACUCCAACUUGUCCAGGGCAACUUGGAAACUUCUGCCCGGGCAGAGUCAAAGCGGGAGGCCCAGAUUGCUGAUCUGGAGAAGGAGCAGGAAAGCUUGCUGAAGGCUGCUGCUCGCCGAGAGGAGGAACUGUCUGCUCUUCAGGAACAGCUGGCACAGACCCAGCUCACACUGUCUUCCACGCAGGAAUCCGUGCACCAGCUCAUGAAGGAUCAACGGAAAAAGCUUCUGGCAGAGUCGAGGAAGGCUGCAGAGCAGAUGAUCCAGGAGGCCCUGCGGCAGCUGGAGGAGCCCACGCUCAUCAGCUGUGCUGGAUCUGCAGAUCACCUUCUUGCCAAGGUCAAGUCUGUUUCCAGUUGCAUCGAGCAACUGGAAAAAAACCGAAGUCAGUAUCUGCUCUACCCAGAAGAUAUCAGUGGGCUUCUCCACUCAGUGACCCUCCUUGCACAAUUGACCAGCGACACCAUUGUUCAGGGCAGCACUACCUGCCUCAGAGCCCCACCAGAGCCUGGCGACUUGCUGACCGAGGCCUGCAAGCAGUAUGCCAGGGAAACCCUCACCUACCUGACUUUCCUGGAAGAAGGCGCCCUGGAGAAUGCAGACAGCACAGCCAUGAGGAGCUGCCUCAGCAAGAUCACAGCCAUCGGCGAGGAGCUCCUGCCCAGGGGCCUAGACAUCAAACAGGAGGAGCUGGGGGACCUGGUGGACAAGGAGAUGGCUGCUACCUCAGCGGCCAUUGAAACUGCAACGGCCAGAAUAGAGGAGAUGCUCAGCAAAUCUCGAGCAGGAGACACAGGAGUCAAACUGGAGGUGAAUGAAAGGAUCCUUGGUUCCUGUACUAGCCUAAUGCAAGCUAUUCAGGUGCUGAUUGUGGCCUCCAAGGACCUCCAGAGAGAGAUUGUGGAGAGUGGCCGGGGGACAGCAUCCCCUAAAGAGUUCUAUGCCAAGAAUUCUCGGUGGACGGAAGGACUCAUCUCAGCCUCCAAAGCUGUGGGCUGGGGAGCCACUGUGAUGGUGGAUGCAGCUGAUCUGGUGGUACAAGGCAAAGGGAAAUUCGAGGAGCUAAUGGUGUGUUCCCACGAAAUUGCCGCAAGCACAGCACAGCUUGUGGCUGCCUCCAAGGUGAAAGCUGAUAAGGACAGCGUGAACCUGACCCAGCUGCAGCAGGCCUCCCGGGGGGUGAACCAGGCCACCGCCGCGGUUGUGGCGUCCACCAUUUCUGGCAAAUCCCAAAUUGAGGAGACAGACAAUAUGGACUUCUCAAGCAUGACGCUGACCCAGAUCAAACGCCAGGAGAUGGAUUCCCAGGUUAGGGUACUAGAGCUGGAAAAUGAUUUGCAGAAGGAGCGUCAAAAGCUGGGAGAGCUUCGAAAAAAGCACUAUGAGCUUGCUGGUGUUGCUGAGGGCUGGGAAGAAGGAACAGAAGCAUCUCCACCUACACUGCAAGAAGCGUCUUUUCAGUUUCAUCAUUUGCACAAACUUGCGAGCCUCAGAGGGCUGGUGGAUUCCAACCCAGGACACUACCCUGAAUCUGUGCACCGAGUCGGAGGAACAGCAGGAGUGUCCUGGCUGAGAAUGCCCAGGCAGUUCUCCCCCUCUUUUGGCCGUUCAUGGAUUCCCACUGCUUCUUGCAGUGGUUGGUUGGGUUUUUUGGUUUUCUUUUUUCAAGUUUCACUCUUAUAGCCAACUCUCUCGCACCGCGAACGCCCUGGGGCGCUGCGCUGUCAGGGUCCCCUCACCACAGCAGUUCACAGCGAUGGUGCUGCCGGGCCUCACCUUGGUGCUCCACAUCAGCCUCCUCACCGCACGGCCCGCCAAGCGCGUGGGUCAGCCGGGGCCUCCCCUGCCGGGCACACUGCUGAGCCACACUUUCCUCAAGAGGCAGGAGCAGAGCGAGUGCCUUUCCUUCCUGAAACUGGAGCCCCGCUGGAAGCCUCUGCCCACCUUCACAAGCGAGAGGGCUACAGAAGGAGAGAGAGGAGGGGUGCUCAUGGCCUGGCUCUUCCCAAGAUGCAUUUCCCGGGAGCUCCUGGUGACCAGGUUGAAAAACCUUAUCUCAUGCUUGAAUGGAGCUGGUGAAAGCAGCCACACUGACUUCUUCCCCUGGAACAAGUUGCCCGCCCACCUCAAGUUGGCCACCUCCCUUCAGACCCGGGCAGGGCCCUAAGAGGCAGAAUGCGAGGGGUUUCUAGUUCCUUUCUCCAGAUAUCUGCUUUGGCAUCCUCUUGAAUCUGAAGAAGACAGUUCCAUGUUCUACCUAAUUGACAGACCCAGAAGACCAGACAGACUGCAGGAAAGAGCCCUGUGCCUUGUUUGGCAUCUUUACUAUUUAUUACUCUAUUCAGCAGCAGCAGCCGCCUGCAGAAAGACACUUGAAGCAAUCAGGGUUUCAGAUGUGACGUUGGCAUGGCUGGCAUGGCUACCCUGGAACAACCGUCUUCAAGAACUACAGCCGAGUCCAAGAUGCCCUCUUGACUUCUUACUGGCUUGGAUCCUGAAGCAAGCAGGCCCUCAGAGCAUCUGGGUCAGGGACAGCGUGAAAGGGGCCACUGGUCUGACCUCCAGCCUCAUGCUCCCGGCCUCACUGCCCUGUGGACGGGAUGAGGACAGAGGGGCAUGAGCAGCCUCCUAGAGAAAGGCAGCCUGACAGUGCUUCCCCCUCCAGGUGGACCCCAACAUUUAAGUGACCUUCCAGUCUUGGACAAAGUGUCUUCCUUUCUUAUCUGUAGCAACUCACAGGUAGUAACCAACAAGCACUUCCCAGGAUCUGUCCCCACGGAACGUUGCUAGGUUUUGCUGCGUGACAGGUUGUAGGACUCCUGUUUGAUCACUGUGAAUCAACCCUCCCUCCUUCCUCGCUCCCCAACUCCCUCUCUGUGCAUUUUCUAAAGCAGGGCACUCAAAACACUGUCUCCCAGCAGCUUGGAUUACGAGACUGGGCUGAAGGGGGGGCCGGCAAUAGAGAUUGUGCUGUCUUAUGUGUAAUGCUUCUUGUACUGGCAGUUUCCACCCACGGCUCAGAAGGAGUGGUGUGUGGCUGCCCUGGCAGAGAUGUGCCAAUUAAGCCGAACAGCGUGUUCUCAGUGUGGGUCAGCAUUUCCAAUGGUGGCCGUCCCUCACUUCCAGAAUCUGGGCCAUUUAAACAUUUGGCUCCAAGUUACUGUGGGAGGGGGGGGUGUUAGGUGUCCAGUGUAUUGCACCACAUUCAGUUUCUCCCCUAAUAAGAAGCCAUGGUAAUUAUUAAAACCUUCAUGGACUUAGCAUGAGAAAUAAAACAUUUGAGAAAGCACUUAACCAGAAGUACCGUUGGAUGUAAUAUAAUGACUUUCACCAUCACUCAAACAGGAGCUACCCAUUCUCUAGCCAAAAUCAAGUUGUCCUAUCUUGGCUCUUGUGAAAGUGAAUGUUAUACUUGGUAUGAAACAGAUUAAAACAGGGAUCGCACCUUAAGGCUCAAAAUGAACUUCACAGCCUUUAAAUUAGUCACUGAGCAUCAUUAGUGACCAAAGUCUCGUGGGUGUAAAUGCGUCAUAGCAAGAGAGGACAGCAAAAAAAUAGUGGCUUAGGAUUGAUGAGAUGUUAAAUUCAGCACCCGCUAUUUAAUUCUGUAACACAGUGCUCUCAUAUCUCUAAAGCAAGGAUUUAUGUGUACAUAAUAAGGAAAAAAAACCUAGAAAACAGAACCUCCUUUUCUGGGGUUAUUUUAUAUCUGGGCAAGGAGUUUAAAUUAGACGUUAAUUUAGAUUGUUUGCUGAUCCUCUUGCCCAUAGCAGGAUCCCUGGGAUCCCACCUGAAUCUGAGUCGCUAACCCAGUAGUUGGAACCAAAUGUUAUUCAGAGCAUCCUUUUUUGGAGUUGUUUAGACUACCAGAUCAAGCACCCCGGUUACACCAGCUACCAUGGGAUUGAUCAGAUUGAUUUGCUUUAGCUUCUCCCCAGAAGGGGCUGGUUCAGAAUUUGCACCUGGGAAGUGCUCACUUCAAGGCCAUUUCCUUAGUUUAGGGGGGUCUACUGGCUCCACUUACCGCUGGUCUUGAGUAACUGGCCGAUUUCUUGCUACUUCUACCACCUUGCCACCUCUCUAGAAAUCCUUCCUACCAAUGACAGUCUUCAGCCCAGCAUUGGCCUUCUAACCAGCCUGGCUUUGCCAUUGCUCUGCCAUCCUUAACACUCCAGGGACCGCACUGCUUGUAGCACAGAAAGCCACCACCACAGGCCUGCCAGCUGUCCACAUAGCAAGCUGGGCCAGCCAUCUGCUGCUCAAGUCCUCUGUCUCCCAGGUCCAGACAAAUAUUCGAUCAGCAACCAACAGCAGUGGCACAGCCACUCAGCCCGGGAACCCAGGUGACAUGAAACAAUUGGCUAGAUGCCACUGGGUCCGAUUCUGAGAGUAGGAAAUUUCCAGACAUGUCUUUCAGGUGAUCCUCAGCUACCUCAGGUUUGAAGGCCCUAAAUUAAGCUGAUUACUACUCAUAGGGACAAACCGAGGUGGUUCAGAUCAAUCUUGGUGAUAACACAAAUUGUCUCAAACUUACAACAAACUCACGUUUAGGUUUGCAGAGAUGGGUUGGGUUUGUUUUUCUCUUCUGUUUUUAACCUUUUCCCCAAAUGUUCCAUUAGAAUAGUUCCUAUAAAAUGAAUUUCAUUUUUCACUGAGUGCCUACCUUCCCAGGGCAGGUAGCCACUGGCUUUUGUUCCCUCCCAACAGUACUUUUAUUAUGGUAUUAAGGCCCUUCUUUGUAUACUACACUGCAUCUGUGUUUUCAAUUUUUCAAAUAAAAACUUCAACCUGGCAAUGGAGAGUAGUGGUGAUAACUGACCGACCGAGGUGGCUUUGAGG